AUGGAUAGUAUAAAUUCUCAAGAAAAUACUCCACGGAUUGCAAAUAUAUCUGCUCAAGUACCGACCAAUGAUGUAUCAAUACCAGAAAAAUCAAAUGCUGCAAAAAAUGAACUGGGAGCGAAAAUUGCUAAAGAUGUACUGACAGCCCUUCGAGGACGUCAUGCACAGGAGGGAUCAUCGCUGCAGGAAAUCAAGUAUGCUUUAGCAUGUAAAGGUGAACUGAACGUCCACGAACAGGCUAAUGAUAUCUUUAUGUUCCUCAAAGAUGGAGUCAAAUCUGGACUCUUAACCUUGACGGGUGGCAAAUACAAGAUUGCGGAAAGAGCCAGACGCAGAAGAAGGUCUUCUGGAGGAAGACGCAGGAAAAGCUCCAGAAGAUCGGGAGGACGUAAAAGAUACAGAAGAUCAGGAGGAAGGAAAAGGUCAAGAUCCAGAAGACGACGUUCAUCUGGCAGACGUAAAGCGUCUGGAGGCCGUCGCUCUACCAGAAGACGCCGAUCCAGGAAACAUAAGCACGUCCCUGGCGAUGAAUGCGAUAUGUGA